GCCCACUCCCGUGGCCGUGCGGCUCCAAUCCUCUCUCCUCCACGUACGGCGCACCUGGCUUGGCCAGUGGCCACUUCAUUGAAGAGGAGAGAUCGAGAGAGAUGGCGGAGGUCGCGAAGCAGGGGAUGUCGCCGUACGAGGCGGCGCGGGAGCGGACGGUGCUGGAGAACAAGCGCAAGAUGGAGGCGCUCAAUCUGCGGCACCUCUCCGCCGCCAUCAAGGAGGCCCCCAAGACCCCUUCUCCCAUGAAGCAGAAGAGGCGCAGGAUCGUCGAGCACGCAGUCGUGGUUCCCUCGCCGCCGAGGAGGUCCCGCCGGGUUGCCAACCUCCCUGCGGUCAAGUACUCAGAGAUAGCACCACACACUGCAGACAGAAUGACAAGGUCUCCUAGAAAACCAGCUGACCUCAUCUACUUGGCAAGCCGUGGAUCCAUUUCCAUGAAAGCUAGGAUGGAGGCAGCAACAAAGGCCGAGGAGCUGGAAUCGCAACUUGACCCUGAAAUCCCAUCCUUUGUGAAGGCAAUGCUGCAUUCACAUGUGGUUCGAGGUUUUUGGCUGGGUCUCCCGAGCCAUUUUUGUGACACUUACAUGCCAAAGCAAGACUCCAUUGUCACCUUGGUGGAUGAGAAAGAUGAAGAGUUUGACACCAACUACCUUGCCUACAAGAAGGGGCUAAGUGGGGGCUGGGCUGGUUUUGCUAUAAGCCAUGGCUUACAGGAUGGAGAUGCAGCUGUUUUCCAGUUGAUUAAGCCCACGACCUUCAAGGUGCAUAUAAUCCGAGCAGCUUCUGGUGAUGGCAGUGAGGAAGACGAGUGACUGCAUCAACGACAAAUAUACUAAGUACUAACUUAUCAGGAGGUGGAAAGUGGGAUUUUGGGUAUGUUUUGGGCCUUCUAUCUAUCAGGAAUUCAGGAUUGGCUUAGUUACGUAUUUUGUUUGUAUGUCUGUCGGUACUCCUAAGUUGCAGAAAUCAUAACCUGCAAUGAGCUAAUUUCUUGUUGCCGCAUGUUCCUGUCCUAAUGUUAGUUUCAGAAUAUGCACGUUUUGUGA